AUGAGUGAAAAACGGAAAAUAUUAGUAUGUGGCGAUGUUCAAGGAAAUUUACGAUUGUUAUUUUCAAAAGUCGAAAAAAUAAAAAAAAAAAGUGGUCCAUUUGAUUUACUGUUUUGUAUUGGAAAUUUUUUUGGUGAAAAUAAUAGCCAAUUAGAAGAGUACAAGAGUGCAAAAGCUAAAAUUCCAAUCAAAACAUUUAUUAUUGGGCCUAACCGAACUUCAGACUUGGGACAUUAUCUAAACUUGGAAAGCUCCGAAAUUUGUCCUGAUUUAAUAUAUUUAGGCAAACGUGGAUUAUAUAUUACAGAUUCAGGUCUAAAAGUAGCGUAUGUCAGCGGUAUUGAUGAACCAGAAUCAACGUUACCUAAAGAAAUUUUAUUGACCGAGAACGACGUUACUUCAGUGAGAAAUACAUGUUUGAAAAACCAACCCAAUUUUAGAGGAGUUGAUAUUCUAUUGAGUUCCCAGUGGCCCAUAGAUGUCAAUCGCCUUGAUUCUACGAAUCAAAAACUUCAUUUUCGUGGUUCUAAGCUAAUUGCAUGGUUAGCUGCCCAAAUUAAACCGAGAUAUCAUGUAUGUGCUUUGGAAGAAAGUUUUUAUGAGCCACCUCCUUACAGAAACAAAUCAAUAAAUGGAGAAAAUAUUGAAAUUGCUACAAGAUUUGUUGCUUUGGCACACAUAACAAAUACAGAGAAGAAAAAAUGGAUUUAUGCUCUGAAUUUAAUUCCCAUUGAUCGUAUGCGCUUAGUAGAUUUAGCGACCAAAACAACCGAUGAAAAGCCUUUUCCUUAUCCUACAUGGACAUUAAAUUCAGAUUGUUUUAACAGCGACAGUGAUAUGGAGCCACGUCAAUAUUUUUAUGGCUUAAAACCAAAUGAAAAUAAACGUUCAUCAGAAAACUCAAAAGGUACAAAAAAAAUGAAAAUAGAAUUCGACCAAGCAAAAUGCUGGUUUUGUUUAUCAAGCCCACAAAUUGAUAAACAUUUAAUUGUAUCGAUUGGUGAUCAAGUAUAUGUGGCUUUGGCAAAGGGUGGAUUAGUAGAUGAUCAUUUACUAAUUUUGCCUGUAAGUCAUCAUCAGAGUUUAGUAGCAUUACCGGAAAAAAUCGAAAAGGAAAUUAAUAAAACGAAAGACUUAUUAACUCGUUAUUAUUCUUAUAUUGGAAAAGUACCAGUAUUUUUUGAACGAAAUUAUAAGAGUUCUCACUGUCAGCUACAAGUAAUACCUGUGAAUAAAAAUUUAGAACCAUACGUAAAGUCAACAUUUCAGGAAAUUGCAAAGAUUGAAAAUAUUCAAUUUUCAACAAUAAAUUCUAGUCUUAAAGAAGUUACUUCACCUGGUGAAACGUAUUUCUAUGUUCAGCUUCCGAGUGGAGAACAACUAUUUCAUAAAAUUGCAAAGAAUUUUCCAUUACAAUUCGGUCGACAGGUUUUAGCCAGUCGAAAAAUAUUGAAUUUAAAUGACAGGAUCGAUUGGAAAACUUGUCAAAUGAAUAAAGAUAAAGAGAUCAAAAUUGUUACUGAAAUUAGAAAAAAUAUUCAAACUUAUCAACUUGAUCUUUAA